AUGAAAAAAAAACUUUUUGUCCAGCGCGGAAGAGUUUUCUGCUUCCCCGUUUUACGUUACGUCACGUCAUUCGUCCGAUUUUAUAACGAUCGUAAAUUCUUAUUUAUUUUUUUUGUUCGUUUAAGGAUUUUGUGUUUGUCCAACGAUAGCGGUUUAAUUGAAACGAUUCCAAACACGGUUUCACUUCAUCAAAUACGAAAACAUUGCCAAUUGUCUCUUCCCGAAUAUUUCGAACAGGAAUUCGGUCCCGUGACGUCAGAAUCAUUUUUAACGGCACAAAGGAAUUUCGUACAAUCUUGCGCCGCUUAUUCUAUCAUUUGUUACGUCAUACAAGUCAAAGAUAGGCACAACGGAAACAUAUUGCUUACGAACGAGGGACACGUCAUUCACAUAGACUACGGUUUCAUAUUGUCGGCGUCGCCGAAAAAUCUCGGUUUCGAAACGUCCCCGUUUAAAUUGACUCCGGAAUUUGUCGCCGUCAUGGGCGGUUUGGGAUCCGACAUGUUUGAAUAUUAUAAAAUAUUAAUACUCCAAGGAUUGGUCGCGGCGAGGAAACACAUGGAAAACAUAUUGAGCAUCGUCGAAAUAAUGCGUUCGAGUUCUCAAUUGCCUUGUUUCAAAUCCGGGAGUGCGACGGUUUCCAAUUUGAAAAAUCGUUUCCAUUUAAACAUGACGGAAGAACGUUUGCAAUUGCUCGUGGAUAAUUUGGUCGAAUCGAGCAUUCACUCGUUGAGCACGAAACUCUACGACGGUUUUCAAUACCUAACAAAUGGAAUUUUGUAA